AUGCUGAUAGAUAUUUUAUUGUGUAUUGCUGAUUACCUAAACCAUGAAGAUCUACUGACACUUUCGCUGAUCUAUCCUGUAUUGUACUAUGACGAAUCGUUUUGGAAAGCAAGAUGCCGCAACGAUUACAACGUGACGUACAAUGAUCCGAGCUUGACGUAUCGAGAGCUGUACAAGGCAUGUGUUGUUAAGCCUAUGGGCCGAUUACCAUGCACUCAUCUAGACACAAAUGUGCAAUAUGUACAUGUCGAUGUGUGUAGCCAAUGUCAAAAUGGAAACCUAGAGUAUCUCUUUAUCUGCACAGAUUGUGGUCAGGUACUCUGUGAUCGACAUACAAGGCACCAUGCACGGUUAGGAAAGAAGAAGCAUCAGGUGUAUUAUAAACCCAACAUGUCAGAGUUCUUCUGCCAAGCUUGUCUUGACUGGAUUGGAGGUAUGGAUUCUUAUACAGCAGAAAUAUAUUACGCAUCCUCCCUGUCUCUGCAUUGGGUGAACAUACUUUGUUUGAAUGACCAAAAGACACUGGAACUCAAGCAAGUACGGCAAAAAGAACGGUCCAUUCGUUGGAAAGAUACACCACGCCAUGUGCUCAAAGAUGGUCUGUGUCUUUUGCCUUUGCAAUGGAUUACCUUAUGGGAGGAUUUCAUUGAGGGAUGGAAAACAGAACGACCAAAAGAAGCGAUUGAUUGCACAGCAUUAUAUGGUCAUAGGAGACAAGAUAACAGAAGGUAA